AUGCAGGACCAGCAGCAGCAGCAGAAGCCUCCGUCGUUCCCGAACCUGCCCAAGAGCGCCUUGUUCUCGAAGCUCGAAGCGUUCCUGCCUGUGAUGGCCGAAGAGAACAAGAAGCUGAGCGAGGCGGUGGCAGCGGGCGAGGGCGCCAAGCACAACAUCGAAGUGGAGGAGGCCGAGGAGCAGAACAGCGAAGAUGCAGACGACGCGAUGACGGGCAGCGACGACAAGAAGCAGGAGGACGCCAAGGCGCCCGUGAUCGAGAUGAACUUUGCGCUGGGUACGAUGGACGAGAACGACAGCGACGGUGAAGACGCCGAUGCCGCCGACACAGAGGCACAGAUCAAGGCCGCGACGACCGCAACAGUAAUUGGCGCGAGCGCAGGGUCGAAGCAGCAGCAAGAGGAGGAGAACUCAUCAUUCCAGAUGCGAAUCGAAAAGCCGAGCAACAAGCCGCGCCCGGUGAUCCAGGAGCUGAAUUGA